AUGUUGACGUUCCCGCGAGCCACAGGACUGCACAACCUUACCGCAGGAGAAAAAAACCCGCUUGCCGAAUACAACCUGUCUUUCAAGAAAUUGCAGCUCCUUGAACAGAUAGCUCAUUCAGAUACUCCACCGGCCGACCAAGAUGUCAAAACCGAACCUGAUACAAUCGAAGACCCGGAUCUAAAUGCAAUAUUCAGCUCCAACUUGGAAGACAUAGAUGAAAGUGAUUAUACCACUUUACCUCGGUUGACAGAAGAUGAUGUUGCUUUUGAUAUGGAUGAGAUAGAUGCCGAGGAUGAGGAAGUAGACACAGAUGAGUUGAUUAGCAGUGACGAGGGCGAUUUCGAGUUGGAUUGA